AUGGAGCAUCAUGCAGAGGACGCAAUAAAUUUGAUGAGAAAGGAUAUCGAGCAGUUCAACGGUAAAAUGGUCGAGCCAUAUAAGGAAUAUGAAGAAAUUUCGAAAAGCUAUGAAAAGCUUCCGCCAAAUCAGGACGAUGAUUUUAAAGAAGGUUUGAAUAAAACGGAAAAGGCUUUGAAACGCGAAGAAAGAGAAACUACCAGUGAAGGAGAAACGUCAGAUCGAGAAAAUGGAAAAUCUAGCAAUGAAGAUGGAAAAGUCGAUAUCGAACAUGAUGAAACGAGUAAUUUUCAUAUAAUACUACAAGACGAAAACGAAAAAGUGGAAAUCGAUGAAAAUCAGAAACGCGACCUGGUUUCGCUCGAAAACGGCGAUGACGCUCCUACUAGUUUCAAUAAAUUUAAACGUGAUGAAGACGUACCAGAAGAAGCUGAAGGUAUCGCAAGCGAUACUAAAAAUUCUUGCAAGAAUCGUCCGAAAAAGGAAUCCGAAAGUGGAUUCAAGGAGCCGAUGGAAGAAUUUGACAAAAGUGACGAAUCAACAUGCAAUAAUGAGUGCAACCGAACUACUCGCGGGCAACGGAGAAAGGCAGCUGAGGAAAGGGAAAGUCAAUCUGUCAAACGUGCGCGAAAAGAGUCGGAUGUGAAAGCGGAAACUAAACAAUGUAUUCUGAAACUUCUAAAUUCAUGUUUGGGCGUGACUAGCGAUGGAAAAUUCCUCAGUCCUUCAGAGUUUGCAUGCAUCAAUUGUUUCAUGGAAUGCUUCCGAGGAUCUGUUCCAAGUGUCACUAGAACCGCUUUAAAAACGUGGAAGGAAAGCGCUUCAUGUGAAUUGAAAGAAACGGGAAAUAGUAACGUAAUCCGUCAAUUUAUCAACGCAGUUCUACUACCAUAUUAUAUGCGUUGCAACACAUGCCGAAAAUUUUCGAGAGUCGAACAAAACGAGCCAAUGACGGCCAAAGAUAUGGCCAAAUUUGUGUGUCCUGAAGGAUGCGAGAAUCACCAAGAUUUGCCGGAAGUUGAAGAGGUUAUUGGUAAUAGCAAAUGGGACUCUUCUAAAUAUGGCGCUAUUCCAUUGUUGCAAAACAAUGUAAUGGUUCAACUCAUUGACAAAAAAUAUGUUUUAUCGAAACUUGGUGUCGAUCCAGCAUUCCAACAAAAACCAAUGCUGAUUGAAGACGGAGGGAAGCCGUUUAGAAGCGUGCCAAUGUUCAAAAAGAUUUUUUACAAGCCCCAUUCUGACGUCGUUGCAAAUAGUAUUGAGCCAAGCCUUAUGGAAGUGGAUGAGACCGUGGGGUUCGUUUUUUCCGAGCGCGAGCACGUCUAUUACUUGCAAGUUCGAAAUACAAUUCUAGCAAUGUGGGCAUUACAUCCGUUUACCAAUAUCACAAGGCAAAUGGUAGAACACCAAAUUAUCACGCGUGGACUUCAUCGCAUCUAUCUUUUGGAGCACGUUUUGCCAGCGGUUCAUAAUUUUCUCCAAUACAAGGGUCUGAUUAAUUACGGUCUCGUGCCGUUUAUUCGACCGAUGACAACAAAUGUGAAGAAGGUGGUUAUCAUUGGAGCGGGAAUGUCGGGAUUAAGUGCCGCUCGACACUUGAAGCAUCUUGGUAUUCCAAGCGUCAUUUUAGAAGGAAGUGGCCGUAUUGGUGGAAGGAUUAAAGAUGAAAGGUCCGAAUUCGGCACUCCGAUUGGCUUUGGAGCACAAAUUAUUGUUGGAAACUACAACAACCCGAUAACACUUAUGUGUGAGCAAGCUGGAAUUAAAUUGAAACCCCUUAAUGCUUACUGUCCGCUUAUUAGUGCAAUCGAUGGAGAAUGUAUUACAACAGAUGAUCCAGCGCUAGACAGAGUUGCCGAAUGUCACUACAACGCUAUUCUUGAUGCUAUGAGCCAUAAUGUUGAAGCUCGCGAAAAACAUCUUUCAUUUGAACAGAUGUUCAACGAUCUUCAUCACGUCUUAGUUCAAAAGUGGAAGCCUUCAAUGAAGCCGCUUGCACGAUCCGAAAAGUUUCAGCAACUAAUUGAUUUUCAUUUGGGAAACUUUGAGUUUUCCUGCGGUGCCGAUAUUUCUGGAAUUUCUGGACCACAUCAGGCUGAUAAUGAAAUGUUUCCAAACUUUGCUGGAGAGCAUUCUAUAAUUGUUGAUGGAGCUGAAGCAUUGAUUGAUCGAAUCAAAGAAGGACUUGAUAUUCGACUGAACUGCCACGUUGACCUUUCAAUGUGGAAUGACAGAAAAGGAUUGAGGAAAAGUAUUGCCAAAUACAUUGACGAUGAUUUCAAUGCCGUAAUUCUCGCUGUUCCACUUGCGGUCUAUAAGAAUAUGUAUGAUAACGAUGUAAUGCCUGAAAUCCUUGCAUCAAAAAUUACUUCUAGUAAUUCUCUUGGAGCAGGUCUUAUAGACAAGAUUAUGAUCGAGUUCGAUUCACCAUUUUGGCACCAUUUAAAGGAUAAAAAUGGGAGACCGGUAAAUUAUUUUGGGCAUGUUCCAAGAAAUUCAACGGAUAGAAAGCUGUUCAACAUUUUCUAUGAUUUUUCAACGCCGGGUCGCCAUGUGUUGAUGUCGUAUGUUAGUGGAAUAAACGCUGCUGAUGAUUCGAUUUUCAAGGAUACAAAUCGCAUGGUUGAGAAAUGUGUAGAAAUUUUGCGUUGCAUGUUUCCAAAUAAGCAAGUAAAUCCAAUUCGCUGGAAACAUUCGAAUUGGGCAUCGGACGACCGCAUUGGAAUGGCCUACUCAUAUGUUCCGCCAAAUGGAAUGGGAAAUAUGCAUGAUAUGAUGUCAUUAUGCCAUCUGGAUACCAAUCGUGUUGAUAGCAUCGACGUGUUUUUCUGCGGAGAACAUACCUGCUCAUCAGAGCCACAAACAAUGACGGGAGCAUUUUUAUCGGGUGUUCGACAAGCAGCAAAUGUUGUUGUUACUCAAAACUACGUCCUACCUGAUUAA